AUGUCGAGCAGGGUGAAACUCAGCGGAGCUCCCUGUACCCUGGCUGGGUACUUCCACCAAGGAUCACUUCCUAGUUGGAACCGGGAAAAACCUCAGGACAACUUGGGUGCUCAGAUCCAGGCUACCCGGGGAUAUAAGAUGUGUUUUUGGGAUGUUAAGUCUCUGUGCAGUUUCCUUGAUGACAGUCUGCUGUCACUCCGCAUGAUGAUGGUGUUCCCUCUCCCCUGUGACAUGCAGGACGAUAUACAAGAUUGGAUACAAAAACUGGAGGAUCUUGAUUACAAUCUGGGUCUCUGGAUUCAGUUCCAGGAGAAAUGGGUCUUUAUUAUGAAGGUCCUACAUGAGAUGGAAGUCCCUCUGCUAUUUUCAGAUAACAAGUUGACGCAGUUCCAGAUGGUUGACCAAGAUUACCGUUCCUUUCUGAACAAGAUGGUCCAAGAUCCGCGAGUCAUGUCCUUUCUCGGUCACACCCGUAGGAGACAUGAACAGAACCUUCGUAGAACAGAUCUUCGUUUUGAUUUCCACGAAGGUAUCAAUGUGAUGGAAGAGACAUUGGGAGAAGUGAAGUAUGUGCUUGACUCUUCACGAUCUCUUUUCUAUCGUUUUUUCUUUCUGGGUGACAAGGAUCUUCUGAGCAUUCUGUCAGCACCUGCAGAACCUAGAGCUCUCACUCAGUGUGCCUUAAUCUGCUUCCCCAGCCUCAGAAAUGUGCUCUAUCAAGCUCAGACCACCCAAAUAUAUGAGACAGCCAUGGACAGUAGUCAUAUACUAGCCACAGGGAUAGAAGGGAAUUGUGGUGAGAGACUGAAUUUAAGAUUCCCAAUCUGUGGAAGUCUAAGUAAUACUUCAUGGCUAUUAAUGCUAGACCAGGAAUUGAGGGAAAGUGUUAGAAGUCAACUGGAACUUUGUUUAAGUGAGUAUCGGAAAGUGGAAUUCCUCAAUCUCAAAAAUUCUGAUUUAUCAAAGCAGUGGUCUGAACAUUUGACUAUCUAUCCCUGGCAGUGCCUGGCAGUGAGCCAAGAGGUACUUUGGUGUGAACAGGUAGAAGCCCAUAUCUUCAGCCGUCAGGGAGCGUUGCUAAGAGAGAGAUACAACAAGAAACUUGAGAUCCUCGUACAGGUGCUGCGAGAUUCUUAUAGAGCACUCGGUCUCCCUAAAGAAGCCCUAUGUCAGAGACAAGCUGUCCUCUCUAGCUGGAUCAUGCUCUGUUCUCAGCAGAGAGACCGCAUCAGCACUUUGCUGAAAGGCAAAAUUGACUCACUUGAAAGUUUUUCAUGGGCCAAGAUGAUAAAAUAUAGAGCCCUCGCAGAACCUGAAUGCACAGAGAACAAAUUGCCCUGCCAAGUGAGUGCAAAUGUUAAAUGCCUAGGUGAUAUAUCAGCAGGAGAAUUGACUCCCCUAGUUUUUUUUGUGGAUAUCCUUAAGUUUCAGUUGCCAUAUGAAUAUGAGUAUAUUGGGCUAGAGAGUGGUACUAUUUAUGGUACAUUCUCUGACAGAUCCACAUUGGGUCUGAUUCUGGCAUUGAAGCAAUACCAGUGUGGUACUGUGAUUGGCCAAGAUGAGGAGAGCAGGAUUCACACAGUAGUCGCUCUUGGCAAAGCCUUGGGACGCCAUAUUGUUAUCCUAAAAUGCUGGAGUGGAAUAGAUCUGGGCAGGUUGAGUCAGCACCUGCACGGCGCACUGCAGGGAAACGCAUGGCUAAUGCUGGAUGGUGCACACAGGCUGAAAAGAGAUGUUCAGUCAUUACUGGGACAGCUUCUUUGCCAAAUUCAAUCCUCCUGUUAUCUUCUGAAGUUUCCUGGGAGUAUAAGCUCAGGGUUGAGCCCUUUGAAUGAACAGUUUCUACCCAAAGUGAUUGGCCACAUUCAGUUUGAGGGAAGAACAGUUUCUGUGGGGCGAAGUUAUGGCUGUUUCAUGACUCUCCCUAACCUUAAUUCUUCCAAUGAGCUCCCAUCCAGCCUAUGCCUCGUUCUAAGGCCUGUGUCUUUACUUACACCAGACCUACGCUUUACUGCUAAACUAGCUUUGCUCACAGCUGGCUUCCAGAAGACUGUGUGCUUGGCCAGGAAGAUCUCCUGCUUUUUCCAACUUGUGCAGGACUCAGGGCUGCUAUCUCCAAUCAGCUGUUGCCUUCUAGUGAAACGUGCAAUCCACUUGGCUGCUUUCUUUAUGAGAGCUACUGACGCAUCUGAUAGGACUGAUAACGGUGACAGCAUGCAGCUUAAUGGAGGGACAGCAUCUAUAACAACCCCACAAGCUCAUACUGGACAACAUUUUACUCAAAGUCGCACUCCUGACUCACAGGAGGAAGCCUGUUUAAUCAAAGCAAUUAAUGCCUCACCAUUCUGGUCUGGUCUUUCAACUGCUGAGAUCAAUUAUCUGAGGGGAAUCCUCCAAAGUAUCUUCCCAAUAUGUCCCCCUGUGGAGCCUUGUAAUGAACAUUUUGAGGGCACGCUCCUCUGUGCCAUGAAGCUGGUCUUGCAGAGGUCUGGACUUGAAGCUCAUGCAGGUCUCGAUUGUAGUGCUCAGCAGCUUUUUAAUGCUCUUCAGCACAGCACUGGAGUCCUGCUUACUGGCUGUCCUGGCAGUGGGAAAACUACAUGUUGGAGAAUGCUGUCACAUGCUCUGAACCACCUUGCAAGCUGUGUAGAGCAGCCAGGAGCCACAGAAGAGAAAAACUACUCAUGCAGUCCCCAAACUGUGCAAACCGAACAUUUGUUCCCCAAUAGCUUUACAAUUAAUGAACUGUAUGGAGAGAUGCACGAUAGAAGCUGGAGACAAGGCAUCUUCUCAUCUAUCCUAAGCAGAGUUCCUCAGGACCAUAGAGCCCAAAAGUGGUUAGUACUAGAUGGGUCAUCCAGCCCACUUUGGGCAGAACCAAUUUCUUUUCUUUUUGGAUCUUAUCCAGCAUUGACAUUGUCUAACGGUGAGCAUCUUCGGCUUCCUGAGUCCAUCAAGAUUUUGUUUGAGAUGGCAGACACAUCAAACAUUACUCCUGCUAUGUCCACACUCUGUAGCUUUGUACACUGUGGGGGGGAGAACACUUGGAGGGCAAUUCUAGCAGCUUUUUUAUCCAAGCUGUACUUAAAAUACAGAUUCACCUUGAAUACACUUAAUCUACUUCAAAGUCUAAGUGACAGCUUGGUACCCAGCACACUUGUAUUUCUGGAGUCAUCCUGCACCUCUGCUCUAUACCCUCAUACUGCACAGUCUGCAUACUCAACGCAAGGGGUACAAGAAGUCUCCUCUUUCUGUAAUAUCCUUCAAGCUUUGUUGGAUCAAUAUCUACUACAGGAUCAUGUGUCAAGUAAAACAUUUCAACCACAGGAAAAAACACAGGAUCUCUCUGGAGAAACACAGGUACUGGGAGACCACAGAGAGGACCCAAGAGACCAUGCACCCACAGAAGCUGAUCAUACUAACAAACCGGUGAGAGAAAUUUUAGACCUCUCCUCGUUUGACCAAUAUAUUUCACCCCUCAAUCACCAUUUGGCACUAUCCUGCUUUGUCUACUCCUUCAUCUGGGGCUUUGCGGGACACCUUGACCCUAAGCAUCGUCCUCAGUUUGAAAUCUUUUUGCGUGGGAGACUUUCAGAUUAUCUUUUACAAGUUAAUAUUCCCCUAAACGUGUCUAUAUUUGAUAUUUCUCUGAAUCCUGAAGCAGGAGUUCUUGUUCCCUGUCCUUCACCAGCAACUCUGAUGGAAUCGAUCAGAAGCAACCUUAUUAUGCCACAGUUUGAGAGCAUUAUGGUUGCUGCAAGAUCUCUGGUCUGCGCUGGCCUUCCGGUUCUGCUAGUUGGACCUCCUGGCUGUGGAAAGACGAGCCUUGCACAGACAGUGACCUUCCAUGGAGCAUUAUGCCACAGGAUUCCUAUUAACUCCCUAUUGCGUCCUGCUCAUCUACGCCAACACCUUAAUACUCACCAUGAAAAUGCCACUGCAGUAAGACCAAGAAGCAUUAUCCAUGGGAGUCGACUUAGGCAUCUUUUCCUCUUGGAUGAUCUACACAAAGCUUCAUUUGACUCUUUCAGCAAGACCUCUCCUGUUCUCGAGACCUUGAGGGGCAUCAUCUCUGAUCCCGCAAACAAAGCUUGUGUACCUUUAAAAAGCAUCCUGGGCACAACCUGCUCUCCACAAGAUGGGGCAGGAGCCUUGUGUCCUAGACUCACCCGUCUGUUUUGCAUCCUUGUUUUGCCUGAGUUGGGUCCAGAGUCUCUGUUGAGUGUGUUCACCCUGCAUCUGACAACAUGGUUGAAGAAGACACUAUCUAUGCCUCAUGCUUUAUUUCUUGGUAAAGCCAUUGGUCGAGCAACAGUAAAUCUGUACAACAAAGUGAUACACACUAUCCCCCCACAUUACUGCUUCUCUCUGCAUCACAUUCAUAGAUUAAUAAACAGCAUAACUCUACUGUGUUCAGCCCCAGGGCCCCAUCUCUCCCCACAUUUUCACCAUUCCCUCCCUGCUGCACUGCUCACCACAUUGGGCAUUGUCCGUCUUUGGAUGCAUGAGGCUUUGCGCACCUUUGGCGAUAUCCUGGAGAAUAAUAGAGAGAAGCUAGCAUUCAGUGAGCAUCUGCUGAUGUGUGCAGUGCAGGAAUUUUGUCCCAUGGGGGCCCAGGAUGGAACUCCAGAAAAGAACCACCCAGUUGCUCAGGAUGAAGCUCCAGAGAAGACCCAGCCAGGGUCCCAGGAUGGAGCUAUGGUGGUGGACCAGUUAGGAGCACAGAAUAGAGGUCUGAAAAUGAACCAGCCAGAGAAUAACAACCAAAAUAUGUGCAUCAGGGAUGGCAUUAAGCAUGAAAUAUCAGAUAGAGAGAAUGAGCAGAUAAGGAGUCAGGAGAGGACACCUUGUACAUCUCACACCUCAACAAACCCCUCUGGCAAUGAGGAAUAUCUCCUUCCAUCUUAUCUAUUAAAUGAGACACCUCUGCAAGACCUGACCUUCUACCAUUCACUGGUAUCUGGGACACAACAAAGAGGAGAGCUUCCCACGUAUAAGGAGCAGUCAGGAUCGUCCUACUUCAUAAAGCAAUCAGCUGGCCUGACACUCUGUCCUCAGGACCUGCAGCACAUUGUCCGUCUAACCCGUGUGCUGGCCCUGCCUCAGGGUCACCUAGCACUGUGCUCUCAGUGCCCUGCUACAGGAAGAAGGAGUUUGGCAAAGUUGGCAGCACAGCUCACCCAGUGCUCAUUGGUGGAGCUCUGUGGAAAAGAGAUGGAUGAUGAGCGCUAUGCUCUGUACAGGGAGGCAUGUUAUAAAGCUAGUGUUUUAGGUGGCUCUACUGCAUUCCUGGUGCAUGAAGGAGCCCCAAUAAGGUUUUUAAUGGAGCUUUCAGCUCUGACAAGUGAAGGAACCAUCCUAGGACUUCACAAUGCAGAACAAGAGGAACAAAUCCUGAAAGAUCUUCAGCAACGUGAGAGGAGCAGAAAUAAGAGAUACAACAUAGAAACACUGAGAGAGAGGUUCUGUCAGCGUGUUCGCAGGUAUCUUCAUGUUCUAUUACUGCAGAAUAUUUCUCAGUUUAGUUCAGUCCAGAAAUGUCCCCUAUACCAAUUCCUGAACUAUGAUCAAUACGAGCCAUGGAGCCUUUACUCUCUGCAGCACAUCGCACAGAAGCUUCUAGGAGAGGAACACCAGACAACAGGUUCCUGGACAUCUCCAGUAUCUCUAGCUGUUGUAAUGUCUCUCAUCCAUCAAUCUGCUCAGAGUUACAACUACCAGUAUUGUCCCCGUAAUCCAUUUACUUCACCAAGAGUGUUCAUCUGCUUCAUUCAGACCUACCUGAAAUACUCGGCUUGUUUGAGAGAUCGCUUGGACAAAGAAGGAACCAAACUCCAGACUGCCCUUUUCCAUGUUCAAGAAGUAUAUACUGAGCAGGAUCAAUGUUCUAAGAAUAUAUCUGUUAUUACCCAAUGUAUCCAGGACACUGAUAAGGAUGUGCAGCGCUGGAGACAGCAGGUGGAGAAGGUGCGAGGAGCACUGUGUAAGGUGAGGGAGCAGUGUCAGUCAUUGGACUCGAUGAAGGAGUUCUGUGGUGCCCAGGUGAGCAGUGUAAAGAGCCAGAGAUUGCGUGAGCUGGAUGAGGCGUGGCUCCAGUGGGCCACGGUGCAAAGCCAGCUGAAAAUGUCAGACCUUGAGGAAAUAAAAAGUUACAGGGCUCCUCCGUCACUUGUGGUCAUGGUAACUGAUGCCCUCUGUAUACUGUUUGAGAAGGAGCCAGGCUGGGAAAAUGCCAGACUUCUAAUUGGACAGGAUGAAUUGUAUCAGAUGCUGCAGUUCUAUGAUGUCCAUGGAAUGUCCGACCGUACCUUCUGUUCUCUGACUCAAGCCGUCAGUGGAUCCAAGUUUAAUGUGAACAUAGUGAGGCCAGCAAGUACUGCAGCAGCUUCGCUGUGUGAAUGGCUCUGCGGUCUGCAACGUCACUGCGCUGUCCUAAGGAAACUCAAAUCGAGGAAGGCUUCACUGGCUGGCCUGGAGGCUCGAGAAAUGGAGGUAAUGGAGGGAAUCAUAGCACGGAGGCAGCAGGAACACAAGCUGAAGAAGAUGGAGGCUCAGAGUAUAUUGAACCUCCGAGAGGCAGAGCGAAAACAAGAGGAGCUGCGUAAGGAACUGACCCAGUUACAGCAAAGUUAUGAGGUGGUAAAGGAUUUUCAGCAACGGAUUACGCCCCAUGCGGCCAAAUGGAGGGAUGCUCUUCAGGCCCACCGUCGAUGUGUGUUUGGAGCCCCUGCUGAUGCUCUUCUUGUUGCUGCUUCUGUUUCAUACCUUGGGUGGCUUCCUUGGAAACGUUUCAUUAAACUUUUGGAAAAGUGGAAGGAGUUGAUGGAGGGUGUUGAAGUGUCAUUGGAUCCAGAUGAUGUGAGAGAUGCCAUGGAGUGUCCAAAUCCUGGGGGCACCAAUAAAGCGCCCCAUCUCCUACAGAUGUUGAGUACCUCCGUAGAACGGUUGAACUGGCACAGGCAUAGACUGUUUGUUGAUGGAGAGACUCAAACCCGAGCAUGUCUGCUCCGGACCAGCGCUCAGUAUUUAGCCAGCAGAUCAACACUUCUAAUAGAUCCCAAACAGCAAGGAGAGCACUGGCUACGAGCCCUUCUUGGGGAGUUAGCACCGGGACAAGGUUCAGCCACCAACAUCACUGCUAUCAGCACGGACCCUGGAUGUGAUGUCGAUUGUAUUAGGAACUCACUGGCCUCAGCAAAAAAGAAAACCAAGCUUCAUGUAAUCGAUUCAUGUGACACCGAGCUGAACAAGAAACUGCAGCUUGCCCAGAUUGAAGGAAUGUGGGUACUCAUUACUCACGUAGAGAGAAAUAGCUCCAUUGUGAAUGUGAUAAAUCAACUGAGAUCUCAAGGUGACGGUGACCUUAUAGCCCACGUGACUUCAUGUGAACCGGAGAACCAGACUGGUCAUCUCCUCUCCACCCCAAGAGCAGAAGAAUCCAUUGUGAGCACAAAGUCACAGUCCUUCCACAUCUUCUGCAGCACCUACCUUCCAGUGAGCACCCUGACUGACGAGCUGGGUGAUGCCUUCUUAAAGGAAGUGAAUGUGAUUGACAUGAGUCUAAGUGACUCAGGACUGGAAGAAGAACUGCUUCAAGAGGUUCUGCUGUUUGCAGAUGCACGACUUGCAGAGCAAAGAAAGAACAUGCAUCUAAAUGCUCUGCAACUGCAAGAGGAUCUAAAACAAGCUGAAUCUUCGUUACUGGAUAUUACUGCCACAAGCCCAUGUCCUUUACUGCAGAGUAAGGAUUUCUUACAGAAACUCUCCGAUUGUGAGGAGACCCAGCAAGCUUUGUGCAGAACACUGGAGGACGUGGAGUCCCUGCAGAGCCAGAUAAAUGAGAAUAUCAGACCUCAUGUGAGCACAGCUGGUUCCUGCUGUGCCUUGUAUUCUGUGCUGCAAGAAGUGUCCCGUCUAAGCCCACACUAUCACUUCCCUGCUGAGUCUGUCCUCCGCUGGGCUCGGACUUCUCUACAGGCAGACCAGGUGGUACAAGCUGCCAGGCAAGGUAUAACAGUACAAUCCUUGGUGACCCAGGGGAUACUCGGCCAUGUGCUCCCUGCAUUGACACAGGAGCACAGACAGCUCCUGCGAGUUCUGCUAGCGGUGAAGAAUCCAUCGGCUAUGGAGUGGCUCUUCUUUCUUGGGCUGGCACACACAUCAAGUCAGGGGAUAUUGCCUUCGUGUAUACAGAGACCAGCAUGGGUGGACUCCCAGGCUUGGGAGGAGUUGGGACAUUUGGAAAACCUGCCUCCAUUUCGGGGUAUCCGCUCCUCAUUGAGUGUACAAGCCAGCCAAUGGCAGGAAUACUUUCGUCUUCAUUCCACAGUGAUUGGACCAGUGCCAUGCUCUCAGUUUGCUCACCUCUCAUUGUUCCAGACCGCCAUCCUAUGGCGCAUCCUCCAGCCCAAGAAGAUAGGCAUGGUACUGAAUCAUCUGACCUCAUGCAUUCUUGGUCCUGUGUCUGCAGACUGGUGGGAGGAAGAGGCAGAUCUCUUCAAUCUAUCUGAUCCCCAGACACCUGUCAUAUUCCUCCUUCCAAGAGUAGGUUUACCUGGACCCCAUUUCCACCCACAGUCCUACAUUCAGCGACUAGCUAAGAAGAGCAAGAAGGAGGUGAAGGUCAUUGCGAGGGGUCAAUCGCCUCCUGGGAGAAUCACAAGUCAGGUGUUUGACAUGUGUCAGCGAGAGGGACACUGGCUGCUGCUUAGUAACACUGACUCCGGGGAGUGGGAGCAGAGUCUGGUUGAGUCACUUAUUAAUAUAACGCAGAGCAGCGAAGAGGCUGUGAAUCCUGACUUUCGUCUCUGGAUCAUUAUGGAUGAAGAAGCAAUGGAAUUCAUUCCAGCAUGUGUGAGAUUUGCAUCUAUCCCAGUGCGUUGUGCCCUGCAGCCCCAUCUCCGUUCUGUUCUGCUGCAGAGCUGUAGAGAUUCCGCAGAGCUUCUUGAAGGAGAACCCCAUAGAAAGGAGGCUCUACUAUUGGUAAUCCUGCACAGCAUUCUGCUCCGCAGACAGGAAUACAGCCGAUCUGCACAAGCGGAGAUCUAUUCCUGGAGCCAGGAGGAGCUGUGUCUGGCACUGCAAAUUCUGAAACAGCUGCCAUCAGUGUGCAAGGAUUGGGUGGAGGCACUAUAUUUCCUUACAGGAUCUGUCGUGUAUGGAGGACACAUUGUGGAUGAGGAUGAUGCGGAGAGCAUACUAGCAGUGAGUGAGCACUGUCUAAAAGACUCCCACCUAAUAAGUCGUGGGAUCUCAAACCUGCUGUCUGUGCUAGAUGAGGGCACGUUGUCAGGAUUCUGGAUGAACCGUUUUCACUGGUCAAUACAAAAGAUCACCUCUCUGUGGGAGCCAUCUGCUCUAGGACUGAGUGAAGGUCUACAAAGUACUACAUAUGAAGACUAUGGAUACAAAGCUAUGUCAGAGCUCCUUAUCACACAAGAUGUGUGGACCCCAAAAUACCCGAAACAAGACAAACAGUUAACCCAAAAAUUUUCAGGUGUCAAAAAAGUUGAUUUAUCAUCACCAGGACCUCAAGAACCCUUAAAGGAAAUAUGUGCAAGCAGGGAAAGUAUGUGGUCUUUCAACCAAAACCUGCUGAGACAGAUGUUGGAGCUUUUAAUUGAGCUGGAAUCUCUACAUGUGACCAAGCAAAGCGAACUGAAAACUUUAUGGGUGACGAUGGACAGUGUGCAAGGAUACCCGGAAAUAGAGAAGAGGAGGAAUAAGGAAGAUCAGCCUAUUGAGAAAUACCAGACGAGAAGUCAGGAAGAUGAGAGCUUGCAGAAGAAGAAUAGUGUAGAAUGUAAUGGGAAGGAAGAAAGUCAGAAUAUCACAAUGGAGAAAUUAUGCUGGUUUGAGAGCCUGGAGAAACUGAAUAUAUGUGAUAAUGAGGUCUCACAGAGACUCUCAUCAGGAUGGAUUGGACAUCCAUUGUUCAGCUUUUUACAGGAAGAAUGGAAAUCAAUUGGUGUACUGAUUGGAAGGGCUGUGCAAGAACUGAAGAAUGCGUCAUCUUCAUGCCACUGUCUAAGGUGUCAGAGGGUGCGAGAAGCUAUGUUUGGGAAUUUCCUCCCCCAGGAAUGGAACGUCUACCCUUCAUCUACACCACCAAGUCCUAUGCACUGGGUUCAGGCACUCCAUGUUCGCUUGAAGCUCCUGUUCAGCUAUCUGUCAGCACCAUCCCUGCUCAAUGUAACAUACAAUCUGAGUGUGUUCCAGCAGCCAGCUGUAUUUAUCCAGAAAAUUCGAGAGGAAAGAGCUCAAACAGAGAACAUAGCUCUGGAGCUUUAUUCUCUACAACUACAGGUAUCACACAGCGUCCUUCCUCCGACUGACGAUUUGGGGGUGAUGCUGACUGGCCUACAUUUGAAGCACGCUUUGUGGGAUACCCGUCUGGGCCUGCUGCGGGAAACAAUGUCUCCCAAACUGUGUGCAUUGCCUUUGGUACACGUGUCUGUGGUGCAGGAGCAAGAAGCCUCAUCAUCCCCACAGGCGCAGUACUUGUGUCCGGUCUUCCUGAAUGACUCUAUCCAAGGUCCAGCCCAGCAGAGGAGAGAAGCCAUCAUCCUGUUACCACUUCCCACCCACAUCUCUGCCAGUGUGUGGCGCCAGCGCCGCGUGCAUGCAGUCAGCCUUCUGUGAUAUCAACAGCUGUAUGAAAAUGCAAUAACCUUACUGUUCAAUAAAAU